AAAGACCUGCCUGGCACAAGAGAUCCGGGCUCAGAGCUGGUACAGCGAAUUUAGCCCGCAUACUUCUUUAACAUACAGAUAGAGAAUCGUGCCCAAAUGGCCCAUACAGAUUUCUGCAAGGAUUUUUAUCUUUGUGUAAGAAAGUUAGAUGUACCACGUGCUUCAUAAACUAGAGCAGUCUCUCCUAGGGGACAUGGAAAAAGAACUGGAGCCUACAGAUAUAUUUUCAGAAGCACAUCUGACAAAGCAUCAUUAAAAUAAGUGUUAUGUAUUCCAUCCCCUUCCUCUCUGAGAAGGAAAGGAGCAGGAGACCCGUUGCAUGCCCAUCAGACACCUCUACUGCGCAAUCACAAAGAGGGUCAAGACUUUGUGACAAAAUGCCCAACUGGGGGGAUACACCAAGCUUUUCAUUUGAUUACUAUGAUCACAAUGCACGCACAGAACGUGGAAGAUCACAACACUUGCAUGAUACAGAGCUUCCACCAUCAAAUGAAUCAAAACCCACCAGACGUUUCAUUCCUGAUUCCUGGAGGAGCUGCUUUAGGAGAAAUAAAGCAAAUGGUGAACCUUUCACAUUAAAGAAUGUGGAAGGGGGACAGCGCUCACCACCUGUCACCCCUCUUCUUGAUAUCAGCAGAGACUCCAGCCUAACUGAAAAGAGUGAUGCCCACACCAAGUCAUGCAGCACCAUCAAUUCCAGUAAAGAGAUCCAGAUCAAGAAAUCUUCGGAUUCCAUGGACAGGAAGAGUCAGGAGUCCACAAACUUCAUGGAAAAGGUAGAAGCAUACAACCUAAAAUACUCAUAUAUGAAGUCCUGGCCAGGUUUGCUAAGGAUCUUAGCUGGAGUUCAACUUCUUUUUGGUGGGGUAGUAUUUGCCUGUGCCUGUUCUUACAUCCAGAAAGACUAUCAAUGGUACAAUCUAUUUGGCACUGAACUCCAAAGGACUUUACCUGGUGGCUACAGCUACUAUGGCCCAAUGACUCCAUUUGUGUUGGUUGUGACCAGUGUUGUGUGCCUGAUCACCUUGAUUCUAUUGGGGUUGGGUCUAACUAUGUAUUACCGGACCAUUCUCCUAGACUCCCACUGGUGGCCUCUGACAGAGUUUGCCAUCAACAUCAUCAUGUUCCUUCUUUACAUGGCAGCUGGAAUAGCUUAUGUAAAUGACAUAAAUCGGGGUGGCCUCUGCUAUUCCGUGUUUGCUGUGAAUCCACUGAUGGCAGCCUUCUGUAGGGUGGAAGGUGGGCAAGUGGCUGCAAUAGCUUUCCUCUUCUUCAACAUGUUUCUGUAUUUGGUGAGUUCCCUGGUGUGCCUAAAAAUGUGGAGACAUGAGCAGAGACGGAGGCAGGCCAGCAAGGUUAAGAGAUUGGACAGACCUAGAAGGAUAGUUUUCCAGGAUGAAGUUGAACAUUUAGAAGGAAUGAAAGGGAGAGUUACCAGUACAAUCAAUUUCUCAGACAAAGGGAGUGACAUUGGUGUCUUAAAUCGUUCCAUUCCCACAGGUUAUCGACCAAAACCUCAUGUGGUACCAGACUAUGUAUUAAAGUAUCCAGAGAUCAGAACCACAGAUGAACGAGAAAGUUACAAAGCUGUGUUCAAUGACCAAUAUGCAGAAUACAAAGAGCUGUAUGGGGAGGUGAGAACAGCAAUGGUGAAGUUUAAAGAACUGGACAAUAUGAUGAUUAAAUUGACCAGUGGGCCACAAAGCCAAAAAGCACUAGACAGAAUGAAAACCAUUACUCAAAUAUAUGAAAAGAAGAAAAAUGACCCUGGAUUUCUUGAGAAACGUGAACGCUGUAUGUAUUUAAAGCAGAAACUCACACACAUCAAGAAACGGAUCCAGGAUUAUGACCAACGGGAGGGCUCUGUGUAUUUUUAAAUGUUUUUUCAAAUAUAUUUAUGGAUAAUUUAGUUCUCAUGCAGCAGCUAUAGUAAUGCAGUUAAAGACAUAUUUAGGAAAAUACUACUUUAAAUAUAAACAUUUAAUGUUUAAAGUCUGUUAAUGUUAGCCACUUCUAGAUACCACCUUCACUUAUUGUACAGAACAAAGAAACAUUGUCUUAAUCCCAUCGCAAUCUUGGCCUAAGCCGGCACAGUAAACACGGUGCACAUGGAACAUGUGGCAUAUCCGGACAUGUCAAGGGGAGCAGACUCCGUAGAGUGUAGAAGCUCUUAAUAGGCUGGUUGGAAAGAUACAAGAUCCCCCUGCAACUGGCCCAUUUAUACAGUGGAGGACUGUAGACCUCCCUCGCCUCUUUUCUAUUCUAAUUUAAGGCAGGUCACAAGGAUAUGUAACAUCUUGUCCAUUUGCACACAUAAAGAGACAUGCAGUGUAGGUGACAGAGGUCUCUUUGCAUAGUGGGUCUGGUUGCUGCCUAAACAGUGAUAAGUACAUCACUAGGGUUUCUGAUACUAAUCAUGCACCUUAUUCUUAAACCUUAGAUUAUAGACCUUAGGGGUAGUCACUGGUAGAGCUGGGUGCAUUCAGCCAAGCUUACCCUUAAAAGGAAUCUGCCUAUUUAUUCUCAUGGGGAAACUAUAGACAGGGCAAGAGUUAUUUAUGAAGAGAAAAGCCGGAAAUGGGAAGCAUAUUGAACUAUGUCUGCAGGGCUCUAAGGACAACUGACUUUUCAACAAUAUGUCUUUAUCAAAGGCUACACAUCUUGCUCCUGCAAGGGCAACCUUUAUUCUGUAAUGAAGAGUUCAUGUCACUUUUAUCAUACGAACAGCACUUUAUUGCAAUAAAUUACAUGAAAAUAUUCUUCUGUGU